UCUCUGAGGUGCCUUCCUCCCGGCGAGCAACCCACCGAAUAGUCCGUAGUACUUGUAGUGGCCUGCCGAGCCUUCUUCGACAUGAACGCCGGCGAACAACCUAGCCGAUCGUGGUCACUCCCGGCCUCGGCAGUAUCGGAGCGUGGGCUUAACCCCAAUGCCAGACCUCUUAACUACUACAAGAAUCAGAUAUAUGUCCGAGGACUACCAUACUCGAUGACUGAUGCACAACUCGAAGCAAUCUUCCGCGCUAGAUUUGGUGCAGGUGUAGUGAACGUGAAAGUUUGGCUCAAUAAGUACGGGAUCACUAUACAGUGUGGCCAUGUCACUUUUGGAUCGCGUAGCUUGGUGGAAGAGGCGGUGGCGCUGGGCGACUGGCAAGGGAUCAGAAUCGAAAGGCAUAGACCUCAGUUCCCGAAAACACUGUUACGAGCAUUGCGAGUGAGUUCUGAGGAUCCCAAUUCGCAGCUUUAUGUGGCCCAAGCGAAGACUGAGCUGGACAGUUGGAGAAAGAUUUAUGUCGAGUGGCAGCAAAGCAUGCUGGCAGAGAGGCUCCGCUUGACCCUAUCGACUUCUUACUCCUUGUUCUAGUUUCGUUCUGGUCAAGUUUAAUUAGCAGUACGUACUUACUGGGUACGUAACUACGUAUACUUUGCUGGAUAAUACGUACUCUAUUAGUUUACUUAAUAAUGGAAGCU